AUCAUGGACUUGGCCUUCUGGUCAACUCAAAGACAAGUCAUCAAAUUCAAGACAAAAGCUUGUGUUGAAUCAUUCUUUCAACUAUGAGUCGUUUCCAAUAUUUAUGUAUCAUUUUUCCACAUACAAAUGUGUAUAUAUAAAUACACAUACUACAUAGCAAUAUGUUAUACACAAACUUCUUAUUCAAUUCUUUGAGUAUAACUUCUUGAUACCUAAUUAUGGCACUUAAACAAUUUAAUCUCCUAUCAUUCAUCUUCAUUCUUGCCCUAAUUUCCCUUUCUCCUAUUGGCCAAGCCAAGAGGAAUACACCAAGUGACAAAAAACCAUCACCAUUUGAAUUCAUCAAAACCGUACAAGGUUGUCACAAGGGCAACAAAACCAAAGAAAUCCACAAUCUCAAAAAAUACCUCCAUAAAUUUGGCUAUCUCCAAUACCCAAAUCAAACCCAUGCCAACAACGACGAUUUCGACGAAGCCCUAGAGUCCGCUGUCAAAACCUACCAGCGAAACUACAAUAUUAACCCCACGGGCACAUUAGAUGCCACAACGGUGUCGAAAAUGACCACCCCUCGAUGCGGGGUCCCCGACAUCAUCAACGGUAAAAACACCAUGCAGAAGCAUGGGACAAAAGAACACGAAUCGAACUCGAGCAGCAAACAUAUCCAUACAGUAUCUCACUACUCUUUCCUUCCAGGAAACCCUAGAUGGCCGCGUUCCAAAACCCAUCUAACUUACAUGUUUUCGGCCAACACCCCCGCGGCGGCAGUGGGCCCCGUUUCUCGGGCCUUUCAGAAAUGGGCCUCCUCCACCCAUUUCACUUUUUCGCUGGCCCAGAGCUCUGCCGAUCUGGUGAUAGGGUUUCACAGUGGGGAUCACGGGGACGGAAACCCGUUCGACGGACGUGGCGGAACCCUAGCCCAUGCUUUUGCUCCGACCAAUGGGAGAUUCCAUUACGAUGCGGACGAGUUGUGGUCCGUUGGUCCAGUCCAAGAUGCUUUCGACUUGGAAACGGUGGCGCUGCAUGAAAUCGGGCACCUUCUUGGGCUUGGGCAUAGCGCAGUCGAGGCUGCAAUCAUGUAUUCCGGAAUUGGCGCCGGAGUGACCAAGAACUUGCAUCCAGAUGAUAUUCAAGGAAUUAAAUCUUUAUAUAAUGUCUGAAAUAUUGUUAUUGAAUUAAAAGAUACGUCAUCUAUCUCUAUAUAUAUAAAUGUAACAAAAUGUUUCUUUUGUUCGGAAUAAUGUACUAGAGUGCUACUUAAUGAUUUUCUUUUUAACCUUUCUAAUAAUAAUGAAUAAAAUAAACUUUAUAAU